AUGCAACAAUCAUCAACAUAUUUCGGAAAUAAUUUAAAUAAUAUUCCCGCAUCAUAUAUUUCUCUUGAUCAAAACAAUGUCCUCCCUGACCAAUCGACAGUUCAUAUCCCCGUUGCCGCUGGAGGACCUCCGUUACUUCCUCCAUUGGUUAGAGGUCAAAAUAUUCAAAGUGGUCCAUAUACACUGACAGUAACGAACAGUAUGGUACUAGAACGAGAGCGUCAAAAUCAAGAAAUUUAUCGCUUUUGGUUAGCACAGCAGAGACGUAAUUUAGGAGGCACCCAAACUGACGAAGAUUAUUUUGCCGAAUUCAAAAAUUCUAAAAUACGUCGAAAUUUUAUAACUAAAGUUUUUUUUAUAUUAUUUUUACAAUUUUUAUUUACAACACUCUAUGUAUCUUUCUUCUUGUUCUAUCCACCAGCACGUGAUUUUAUAAAUCGUUACUGGUAUUUAUGGGUCAUAGCAAUGACGGUAUUUGUUUGCUCGUAUUGUAGUAUUUCGAUAACCGAUUGCGGAAGAAGACAAUCAGGGUGGGGAAUUACGUUAUUGUUAUUACUGACACUUGCUGAGUCGCAUUUAGCUGCCUACAUAUCAAUUCGCUUUCAAGUAGAAGUGGUCUUGAUAACUGUUGGUAUGACCGCGGCAGUAACACUAUUAGUUUCGCUUGCGGCUAUUUUUUUCAAAUUUGAUUUCACCAUGUGGGCUGGACUCUUAAGUAUUUUGGGCGUCGUUUUAUUGAUGGCGAUCGUAUUAUUGACAGUGUUAUUGAUGUACACUAAAAUUUCAAUUAUCAUCACAGUUUUUGGUGUAAUCGGUGCUUUGAUAUUUUCAUUGUAUCUGUACUUUGAUGUGCAGACAAUAAUGGGCGGUAGGAAAAUUCAAUUAUCCCCGGAUGAAGUUAUAUUCGCCACAACACAACUUUACGUCGAUAUUAUUGGUCUUUAUCGUUAUUUAUUGCUCGUGAUUGGUGGAUCUACUAGAACUUAAUC